GGUGAUGCCUUUCUCAAGCAGACCUGCACCUGCCCAGGGACGGGACCGCCCGUCACCCGCGGCUCUCCUCUCCCCACAGUCCUCCGUCUGUGCGAAGAUCGUGCAGCUGCUGGGGCAGAACGAGGUGGAUUACCGCCAGAAGCAGGUGGUCAUCCUGAGCCAGGACAGCUUCUACCGCGUGCUCACUGCGGAGCAGAAGGCCAAGGCUCUGAAGGGCCAGUUCAACUUCGAUCACCCGGACGCCUUUGACAAUGAGCUCAUCUUCAAAACUCUCAAAGAAAUCACCGAAGGGAAAACGGUCCAGAUUCCCGUGUACGACUUUGUCUCGCAUUCCCGGAAGGAGGAGUCGGUCACUGUGUACCCUGCAGACGUGGUGCUAUUCGAAGGGAUCCUGGCCUUCUACUCACAGGAGUUGCGAGACCUGUUCCACAUGAAGCUGUUUGUGGACACGGACGCGGACACCCGGCUGUCCCGCAGAGUAUUAAGGGACAUCAGCGAAAGAGGGCGGGACCUCGAGCAGAUUUUAUCUCAGUACAUUACAUUCGUCAAGCCUGCCUUUGAGGAAUUCUGCUUGCCAACAAAGAAAUAUGCGGAUGUGAUAAUUCCUAGAGGUGUAGACAACCUAGUGGCCAUCAACCUCAUCGUGCAGCAUAUCCAGGACAUCCUGAAUGGAGGACUCUCCAAACGGCAGCCCAACGGGUAUCUCAAUGGCUACACCCCCGCGCGCAAGAGACAGGCGUCGGAGUCCAGCAGCCGGCCGCACUGACCCGGCCCCUGCAGACCCCGGCGGCGCGCUGCAGGAGACAGGAGGCUCUGUUCCCCCCUGUACAUAUGGUUUCCUAGGACACUGCUUAUUUAAGAAAACACCGUGGAGAUGAAAUGCCUCUGAUUUUGUUUUUUUCUUGUACUUCGGAGCGGUAAAAUGCAACAAAACUUGACCCUGAGCUUAGGUGACAAACUGUGCCAACAACUACUGGUGAUGCCUAAUUAUGACGCCAAAAUGUAACCAGUUAUAAAUACAUGCGCACAUACAUAUACAUACAUAUAUAUAUAAAAGGAUCUAUUUUUGUGUAACUGUACAAAUACUGUAAAGCCGUUUGCUGUAAGGGUUUUGCAGGAGGGCCUGCACUGAAGUUUGGGGACUGGAGCUGGCGUUUGUCCGAGGGGAAGGUGCCCCCCUGUGUUCCAGGUGGGUAGGCCCGAGGCAU